AUGGCAAUAUUUCUAGCGGGUAUUGAUCCUAACUUUGCCAAUGUUGUGGCGUUGCAACAUUAUGUGGAGAUUAAAGACAUGGUGCAUAUGGCCAUGAAGGGCACAUUGCUAGCCAAUGCCCAAACCGCAAUACUAUGCUCCUUUGAGAUGAUGGGGAGAUUGAAACAGACCAAGAGAAGGAUGAAGGAGAAGACAUUCCCAUCAAAGACGAAGAAGAAUAAAAGAACAACAAAGCAUCCACAUUCUUACAAGCUACAAUGGCUUAAUGAUGAAGGGGAACUUAGAGUCACCAAGCAAGUUCUCAUUUCAUUCUCCAUUGGAAAAUACAAAGAUGAGGUGUUAUGUGAUGUCGUUCCGGUGCAUGAAUUUGAAGACUUAUUUUCAGAAGAGAUUCCAAGUGGGCUGCCACCUAUUCAUGGUUUUGAGCAUCAAAUUGAUUUUGUUCCUAAAGCUACCAUUCUGAAUCCACCAGCUUACCAAAGUAACCUCGAAAAAACUAAAGAGUUGCAAAGGAAAGCAGUCAAAUUGAUGGAAAAUGGCUAUGUGAGGAAAUAUGUUAGUCCUUGUGUCGUGUUGGUUCUACUUGUGCCAAAAAAGAUGGAUCAUGGCACAUGUGUGUAG